CAGCAUCACAACAAACAUGGCGUCGGGAGGCGGUUAACCGAGAGCAACCGCUGCACAUCUUCGAAACCAAUUUUGAUGAGACGUUUUUAUUUUAUUCUAAUAACACAUCAUAUUUUCUCGUCUCGAUCUCAAGAUGGAGCCUGCUCAUUUUCCAGAGGAGGCGUCGGAGAGAAAAGUUUGUGUCGUCGGGUCGGAGCUGGUGGAAAACUACACUGUCUACAUCAUUGAGGUGAUGGAUGGAGAGCACAGAUGGACUGUGAAGCACCGCUACAGUGACUUCCACGACCUCCACGAAAAGCUGACGGCAGAGAAGAAGGUCGACAAACGGCUUCUCCCUCCUAAGAAGAUUUUGGGAAAGAACUCGAAGAGUCUGGUGGAGCGGCGGCAGAAGGAGCUGGAGCUCUACCUGCAGACGCUGCUGCAGCAGUUCCCACAGGCAACGCCCUCUCCGCUCGCCUGCUUCCUACACUUUCACCUCUACGAAAUCAACGGCAUCACAGCAGCACUGGCUGAGGAGUUGUUCCACAAAGGUGAGCAGCUGCUGCAGGCUGGCGAAGUGUUUUCCCUGAGUCCUCUCCAGCUUUACUCCGUCUCCCAGCAGCUCCGUCUGGCCAAACCCACCUGCUGUAAUGGAGAUGCCAAAACCGACCUGGGACACAUCCUCGACUUCACCUGCAGGCUGCGAUACCUCAAGAUCUCUGGUACCAGAGGUCCAGUUGGAACCAGUAACAUCCAGGAGAGCAGUCUCCCCUUCGAUCUAUCUAUCUUCAAGUCACUGCUGCAAAUAGAGAUCAGUGAAUGCAGCUCUCAGCAGAUUCAAGGUUUGUCGUCUCUGAGGUCGAGUCUGGCGACUCUGAGUAUCCACCGCUCCACAGAAAGCAUGAUGUCGAUCCUGGUCCCAGAGGCGAGCGAGUUCUCACAGUGGGAGCCUGAGGGGGCGGAGUCUGGCUGUCCUGUCACCGCCGUCAUCCCUGUGUGGAGAAACCUGACCACGCUGGACAUGAGCCACAACUGCAUCAGCGCCAUCGACAGCUCAGUGAAACUCAUUCGUAAGGUGGAGUUUCUGGAUCUGAGUUACAACCAGCUGUCUUCAGUGGAAAACCUCCAGCACCUGUACAACCUGGUCCACGUGGAUCUGUCCUAUAACAGUCUGCGGGUUCUUGAGGCUGCUCACACACGUCUGGGCAACAUAAAAACCCUCAGCCUGGCUGGAAACCAGCUGGACCGACUGACCGGCCUCACCAAGCUCUACUCUCUGGUCAACCUGGACCUCAGCCACAACCAGCUGGCCCAGUUGGAGGAGAUCAGGAACAUCGGCUCUCUGCCCUGUCUGGAGAAACUCAACCUGUCCAGUAACCCCAUGUGCAUCAUCCCAGACUACAGAACUAAAGUCCUGGCCCAGUUUGGAGACCGUGCAGCCGAGGUUUGUCUGGACAGUAAAGUGACGACAGAGAAGGAGCUGGACACAGUGGAGGUGUUGAAAGCCAUUCAGAAAGCCAAAGAAGUCAAAGACAGGAUGAGCAGCGGCGACAAGAAGAUCAGUGAGGAGACCAGGCUGUCUGCUGCUGCACCUCCUCACCUCUCCUCCUCCUCUCCCCCCUCCUCCUCCUCCUGCUGCUCCUCUGCUGUCGCUCCUCCUGCUGUCACCUCUUCCUCCUCUUCUUCUUCCUCCUCCUCUUCUUGUCCGGCCCAGCAGGCUGCCUGCCCCAGCCAAGGAGUGACGAGCAGAGAAGAAGCCGUGGUUCCCCCCAGUGUUCUCCCUCCUGUGGACACUGCACCUCCCCCUGAAAGCUUUAACACCAACACACACCUCCUCCUGUCUGCUGAACCCACCCAGAGACAACAACCUGCUGUCAGUCUGUCUGAACAAACACGCUAUGGAGCUCCCACAAGUAUUACUCCUACUACUCCUACUACUACUACUGCUACUGCUACUACUGUCUGUUGCGUCUGCUCCUCUUCCUCCUCCCGACCAACUGAAACCAGUUGCUCGACGUGCAGCGCCACCUGGUGUCCUCUGCUUCCUUCUCCCCUGCUCUCCCUCUCCUCCUCCAACAAAGACUUCAUUACCCAGCUGUCCCAGUGUCUCAGCGCCACCUUGAAGGAGCAGAAGAGGAAGAAGCAGCAGGAGGUGGAGGAGGAGGAGGGAAAGGAGGAGAGGGAGGGGGAGAAGGGGUCUGAAUCCAGAGAGGUUCAGUCCCAUGUGGAGGGCACUGAGGUUGGCAGUCUCAGUCCAGGUUCCAGGGACGGAUACUUUGAGAUGGGUCUGGAUGACUCCAUGGAGGAGUCGGUCUGCUCCUCCUCUACAUCACCUGCUGCUCCUACUGCAGAGGAGCCCAGUGGCCACCAGGGGUUACUGUGUGAUGAGAAGGAGGAGGAGGAAGAGGAGGAAGAGGAGGAGGAGAAGGAUGUGCACAUCAGUAGGGUUCUAUGGUGCUACUGCCUUCAGGUAGAGGAGGAGGUGGAGCAGAGGGAGGCGUGCCUGGUGCUGACGGACCGACUGUUGGGACUGUUGUAUCUGUCAGAUGACUUCACAUGGACCAAUCAGGACGCAGACCAGGAUCAGAGUCUGGCUGUGAAGGAGGUGCUGUCAGGCCUACAGAUGGACCUGCUGCUGCCUUACUCCGAGCUCCUGCUCUCCCCCCGAGGCGAACUCCCCGACUGCUGCCUCGCCUUCGGGCUCCAGUCUGCUCUGUCCCGCUGGUACAUCUUCUCCGAGGCUGAGGAGCUCCGGCAGACCAGGACCGAGCUGACAGCUCUGAUCCAGGGAGCAGAGUCUCACACUGACCCCGAGCCUCCAAACACUCCUCAGCUCCUCCCUCGUUCCCUCAUCAACUCCUGGGAGCUGGAGGAGAGUCAGGGAGCCCUAGGGGGCUAUCCUGCCCACCUCCUCCUCCCCUCCUCCUCCACCUCCUCCUCUGCACUGGACAUCCACCCCCUCCUGUUGGACAUCUUGUCCCAAAAAGAAGACCCCUGGCUCCCCUCUCUCCUCUUCCUCACCCACCGACACCUCUGGGUGCUGAAGAUGGACUUUAAAGAGCUGGCAGAAAGAGAGAGGAGCAACACUGACCUUCAUCACUCCUCCUCCUCCUCCUCCUCCUCCUGGUGCAGGCUAGUUCGUGUGCCCCUUGGAUCUGUGGUGCUUCACCCCAGGGAGAGAGUUCAUCAGGUCGCAGGCAGAACCAGCAACACCUGCUGCUCCAACCCAAAACACCACCACAGGAGGAGUCACACUGUGGAGCUGCUGCUGGGAAACCAGAGGCUGCAGCUGCUCUUCCCUCUGGCCCAGGACAGGAGCUCCUUCUUGGGCGAGCUGAGUCAGCGGAGAGCGUCCCUGGAGGGGCUGAAAAUGUUGGCGCUGCCCCAAACCUGCAGGCCCUGUCCACACCAAGGAGAACACACACAAGACCGUUACAGAUGCAGAGAUCAGUGCUGUUGUACCAGUACCAGGAAAUCGCACAACUCCAGCAGCCUGGACUCCUCCCGUCUCCAGCUGGAGGAGAACCAGCCGUCCCCCCACCUCAUCCCGGGUCUCUCCCCAGGACUGAAGCUCCUGGCUGGGCUCGGUGGACAGCAGCUGUUGGCCUUCUUCCACAGAUAUAUAGCACUGUCUGAGGCGGAGGAGGUGAGACAGGUCCUGUGGUUGUCUGUGGUUCUCUACAAGUCUCCAGAGGCUGAGCUCACCUGCUGUCUGCUGCUCUCCACUGAUACUAUCUACUUCCUGUUGGAGGACUCCGCCUCCACGCUCGGCCAUCACUCAGUGUUGGACAUAACAGACUCUGGAGAUCCAGACGUCAGUCUGUGCUGCUGUCUGUCCAUCAGACUGUCUGAGCUGCUGUCUGUCAACGUGGGACUGUUUGACCAGUACUUCAGAGUUGUAGGUCAUUCGGCCGAUCACAUCGUGUGCUGCCUCAGCAGGGACAGUUAUGGGACGAGUGUCUUUCUUCAGGAGCUGAUGUCUGCUCUCAGUCUGCAGCAGCAGCUUCCUCCUCCAGAGCCGUCAGAUCAGGACUUCUACUCCCAGUUUACCAACACAAACACAGGUAAGAUGCAGAACUACGAGCUGGUCCACAGCAGCAGGGUGAAGUUUAUUUACCCCAGUGAGGAGGAGAUGGGAGACCUGACCUUCAUCGUGGCAGAGAGGAAGACUCAGGCCAGCGCAGCGUCUUCAUCAUCGUGCUCCUUUAAUGUCCUGCUGUACCUGCUGGUUUUCCAGGUCCAGAUCCCCGGCAGCCCACCCAGCCAGGGCACUGCUCUCUCAGGCCCCUCCUCUUCCACUUCAGGCUCAGCUCUGUCUCCUGUCCUCCAGCCCAGGACCCUGAUCCUAACCAGCACCGAUGUGUUUCUAUUGGACGAGGACUACGUCAGCUAUCCUCUGCCCGACUUUGCCAAAGAACCUCCCUCCAGGGAACGGUACCAGCUGCGUGAGGCUCGUAGGAUCCGUGACCUGGACCGGGUCCUGCUGGGCUACCAGACCUACCCCCAGGCUCUGACCCUGGUGUUUGAUGACCUGCCCGGCCCCGACCUGCUCUGCCACCUCACCAUGGACCACUUUGCCGCUGGAGGGGAGGAGGCUCUGCCCAGAGGUGGCGGAGUCAGUGGGGGUGCAGAGGGCGAGGUCCAGUGGUGUGUCUUUGUCCCGGGAGCCGACAGCAGGGAAAGGCUGAUCUCUCUCCUCGCUCGACAGUGGGAGGCGCUGUGCAGCCGGGAGCUUCCCGUGGAGCUCACCGGCUGAUUGGUCGACAGGGAGUGACGAGCAGAUGGUCAGCACCCGGGAGCUGGGUGGCAGGUGGAGUCAUCAUGUGGCUGGGGUGAUUUACACACAGCUCCAGAGCUUUACUGGUUUAAAGGCUUCAGUAUGCCUCAAACGAAGUAGGUUGUACAAACUGUUGUCUUUAAGGGACUGAGACACAAUGAAUCAGAUAAUGAUGCAAACUUUCAGACAGUCUCUCCUUGAAGGUAUUUGUGUUGUUGCACUUGUUGUUCAGAUGAAGAGCAGCAAAAGUAGUUGUGUAAAGAAUGAAAAACAAAUGUCUGAGAGGAGUUUAAAUCAUCUCUGUCGAUCAUGUCUGUUGAGAUCAUGCUUCAGGCACACAAAGGUUUAUCCAGGUUCAACAGAGGCCUUGUUAUGCCUCAAAUGAGCUAGUUCAUACAAUGUGUUGUCUAACUACAACGAAAGUCAGUGUUUCUGCCUGUUUUGAGCGUCCACACCAGAAGGAGAGAUGUCUUUGUCAUCUCAAUAUUAUGACUCAUUCAAAUAAGGAUAACACAUUUUCCGACUGUAUCUCCUCAGAGACGUUCAUAGUUCACAUAAAAAGCAACUCACAUCUGGCCAGUCACUGAGUAAAGUGUGUGCUAAUUGUAGAUUUAGGAAAGUUAUAAAAAUAUGUUUCCUCUGUUUGAGCGGUAAGUAGUUUCAGAUGCUGUUAGAUGAUCUGAAAAGCACUUCGUUUGACGCAUACUGACACCUUUAGCCUGACUUCUUGGAGAUUAAAGGGGAUGUAGCUCUGCUCACACGCUGUUUGGUGUCUGCUGCAGAAAAAAGACUAACUGAACUGACAUCAGACGAUGGGAUAGGAGAUGCUAAGCUACAGAUGAUGGGACAGACGAUUACAGACAUUGGGAUAGGAGGGACCUGUGACCCCACAAGGAGCUGAAAUAGUGGGAGUUUCUGGCACAACCUCACCUUCUUUUAAAAUGUCUUACACGGAGCAGAUUUACUCAUUCACUGGGUGACUUGAUUGACAGACAAAUAGCUAGACAGACUGUUUUUUGCACAGCAGGGGGUGCUGCAGACAGUCCACAGGAGUCCAACUGGAUUUUAUUACUGAUUACCUUAAAGGAACAGUUCAUAAUUUCUGGUAAAUCCUCUUGUUCUCCCUCUUAGUCAGAUAAGAAGAGGGAUAUCAGUUUCACCUCGGUGCAUCCAGCAGGACAUGUUUAGCCUAGCUUAGCACAAAAAACUGGAAGCAGGGAGAAACUGCUAGCUUAGCUCCAUCAAAAGUGAAAAAAUAAAAAGAUCCAUCUCUCAUAUCUCCAAAGUUGUUUGAUUUCCAUGUUCUUAUUUUUGUAAAAAACCAAAAAUCAUGUUUGUUUCCAUUUUUACAUGUGUUCAGUCUGAAUCUAUGUAAGGAGAGAAGAGGAUUUCCCAAAAUGUUGGACUGUUGUUUUAAGUAACAUACACACGCACACACACGCAGCUGCUCGGCACAAUCUGCUUUCUGAACAUUUUAUUCCUUGCACAUUAUAAUUGAAGCAGUAUUACUGAACUGUAUAUUGAAGCUUUUUAUUAAUAUUAUAUGAAUAUAAUUGUCGCUUUGGGAGAGACAGAUGUUUUUCAUCCUGAAGCUGAUUUUCUACUAAACAUGAAGGUCCUCAUGAUAUUCUGAAAUGUCAUAUUUAGUAUUAUCAUUAAGUAUUAUUUUUUAUAUUUUCUUUGUGCUUUAUUUUAAUAUAUGUCAUGGUUUUCAUACAUUACUAUUGACAAAUGGGAAACCAGCUGCUGUUGGACAUCCCCACUCCUUAUCACUGUUGUUUACGUUACUUCUUGUUGUCCUGUUUAAAGGGUAAUGCCACUGAAUUAAAGUAAAAAUGAAAACUC